GCCGGGCACACGCGGAGGAGCAGGGCAGCUGGGGGCAGGACAGGGAGCCGCCCAGGUCCUUGUUAGGGAAUGUUUCAUCCGUCUGCCCGGAGAUGUGUCUAGAAAGAUCCUAGAGGAGCUGCAGAGCUGCCAGCCAUUCACUGCUGCAGAGAGACAGUCACAUGGCACAAGCCAAGAUCCAAGCCAAGGCUAACGAGGGGCACAAUGGGGGCAAGUUCUGCCGCUCUAUGUCCAUGGCAGUCCGGUCCAGUCACCUGGUGGAGGUUCUGGAUGACCUGGAGACAAGAGUGCAAUCCCUGCGGGACUCAGCAUCUGCACUGGAGCUGGAGAAAGAUUCUAUAAUAGAGAUGAUUCACAGUGUCAAGAACAGCCAGGACAUGAGGAACAUAAGUGAUGGUGAAAGAGAAGAACUAACAUUAACUGCAGAACGUCUGAUGAGCCGCACAGUGACGGUAGAAGUCUCAGUGGAAACCAUCAGAAACCCCCAACAAACCUCAGCUCUCCAGAAAGCCACCUUGAUUAUUGAUGAGAUUCUGAAGAAAGUCAUGGACAACUUGGAAGAUGGAAAGAAACAGCUGAUUACCUUGUAUGCAGCUUGUACUUCUGAUGUCCCGCCUGGACCCAUUGAUCAGAAGUUCCAGUCUGUCAUUAUUGGCUGUGCAAUAGAGGACCAAAAGAAAAUUAAAAGGAGACUAGAAAAUCUUAUUAGGAACAUUGACAAUUCAGGGAAGUCCAUCACACUGCUGGAGAAAUCGGUUCCUCUCAAGAACAAUUAAAUCUAAAGCAUCCAGACAGGAGGAAACAUGUAUGUGGGUAUUUAAAGGGGUUAUCCGAGUUACAGGGGGAAAAAACACGUAUAAAACUCAUCAGGACAUAUACAUAUACAUUAGUUAAGCUUGAUUUCUUAAGAGAAAACCCAUACUUACACCUUUGCAUGGUUCUGUUGUUCUUGCUUUGUUUACAUGCUGCAGCAAAGCUGUGAGGGCUGUAACAACAAUGCCUGAGCUCUCCCUCAUGAAUAUUUGUGGGUGUGAAUAAUCUGUCCUUCCCCUCCCCCUGCUCCGCACUUUGCAUAAAAAAAAACAGUCACAUGAUCAUCUCCUAGCUCACAUAUGCAGAAGAUCUUCCUGUCACAUUUCAGAUACACAGCUAUAUGUAUCUAAGCUAUUAAUAAAUCUGGGCCAGUGUACUGAAACACUUUAAAAAGUGUUUUUUGUGGGGUGGAAGCAUGGUGGUGGCAUAGGUAUAGGUUUAGACCACCCAACAAUAAUCUGGGCACACACUUACCGACCCUGGCACUGCUUUGAAUAAAUAAGGAGAAGAAUACUGAAGUAGAUCACAGAGAGGGAACGGGCACACCGUUGAAUCUCUCUUCUCCGCUGCCGGCACUGAUAAGGAUCGCGCAUGCGCGAUACCUCACAGGAGCCGCAGCAGCCAGAGGGGAGAGAGAGAGGCGGAGACACAAGGCUCUGACGUUUCGUGUACAGAGCCCGGCCACUCCCUAAGGCAGGGAGAAGCCUGUACACGAGACGUCACCGCCGGAGCCUGGUGGAUGACGUCAGGGGUCACAUGACCCGCAUCGGCAGUUCACAAACAAUGCAGAAUAAAUUAUGUAAGUAAAUUACAAUGUUUUUUUUAAUACUGUUAUAAGACAAAGUAACAUGUAUAGAUAUAACUCGGACAACCCCUUUAACACUACUGUAGAGUAGGGUAGCAAAACUUGAAUGUCUAUAAAUGUAUUCCUAUCUGUGUUCUCUAAUGUACCCAGAACCUACACCGAGGACAUAGUUGUAAUGUGGGUUGAUUAAUGUUCAUGGAAGUGCAGUUUGUAGGAAGCCUCAAUCACUUUACUUUAAGGAGUUUCCAUUUCAGGAUCACCUCUGUCUUUGUACCCUACUCUGGCAUAAGGAUGUCAUAGGCAGGCAUGUCCAAACUGCAGCCCUCCAGCUGUCGCAAAACUACAACUCCCAGCAUGCCUGGAUAGGUUACAGCUAUUAGGGCAUGCUGGGAGUUGUAGUUUUGCAACAGCUGGAGGGCCGCAGUUUGGACAUGCCAGUCAUAGAGGAAAGGUUUGAUUGACAGAAUCAGAUUCAUGCAGGCCACAUACAUAAGAUCAUCAACCCUAACUCUACAUUGCAUGUUUAUUUCAUUAUGAAGAGGGGACAAGCCACUGCUUGACUCACUUGGCAGUGUCCUGUCUCUUGGGAACACAGGGUUAGACCUGAUGCCAUCCAAUGUGCCCUAUCCUUCCCUUCCACUAGUAUAUAGGAGCAGCCCCAUAUAUAUUAGAUUGUUGGUAAGAGCCACUAACCUUAACUAAUGUGUGUUCCCAGAGUCAAAACACAGUAUAACAGCGUAUGCAGGCAAUAAAGUAGAUAGUGUGACAAUAUGACAAAAUACAUUAACUUAAUAACAAUAAUGAUCUUUAUCUGGCGCCAACAUAUUCUGUGGCGCUUUAUAAUUCCUAUACAGAUGUAGCAAAAGUGAACUUGAAAUGUAUUAAACAGAUGAAGUCAACUUUAAAUUGACACUUAACAAAAUCCAUCGAAAAGGCAAGUUAGCUGCAACUGUGCCAAACUGUAGAAAAAAGACAGCACUGACAUAUUGCUGCUGAUGUUAUUUGUAUACUUUUUGAUCACCAUGUCAAAGAGGCCUUAUUAGAGUGGAUCCUUACACUAAUUUGGCAAAGUACCACAUGAUGAACACCACUGCUGCAACACAGCACCUGCACACGGGAGGCCCAGUAGGCCCACAGCACCCCUGUUGACAGGGUAAGCCCUACUUGGCACUGCACCACCCUAACCCACUGGCACAGUAUAUGUGUAGAUUCACCAGUUGAUUAACACAGAAUAUGUUAUGUCAUUAUGUGUACCUUUGGCAGUUUACCAUUUGAUGUUGAACUUAUACUAUGGCGUUACUGAAGGUCAUAUCCUUCUCUUCUUUGUAUUAAAGGAUUGGUAUCUCAAA